AUGGCCUCAGAGCACAAGUCAUUACUUACAGUAGUUGAAGAUUUGACUCGUGUGAGGUCCGAUAUUUCUCAACUUCAAGCCACAUUCAAAAAGGUUUUGGAAACAACCCCCAGUUGGGAGCGAUACCUUUACCUACUAGAUCUAGUCAAUACCAAUGGACAAAACCUGGGAGAGACACUUGUUGCCAUUGAAAGACUAAAAACUGUUAUAUUCUUACCACAGACAAAGGUUGCAGUACGAUUGAAACAAUUGUAUGAACUGGGGAAAUUGCCAGUAUUGACAACAUUGUCAAGAAUCAAUUUCAAGGCAACUGUGCAAGAGGAAGCUAAACUAAAGUUGGAUAUUCUUGCGUUUCUCAACCUAGAUCCUACUGACAAGCCGAGAGAAAUAACUAAUGGAAAAGUUGGCCACGCGUCAAAUUGGAAACCUAUUGAUUACUAUUCUUAUCCCCCUACUCUACCUUUGAUAAUCGAUCAGUUGUUGCUUCUUCGAGUUACUACUGAUAAAUCGUAUCGACAAUUGGUGGAUUAUGUUGAGCUGACAUCAGCAAAGUACACAAAUACUCAUAAUGGAAAAUUGAUUAUACAAGGUAGAGCAAUUCUCAAGUAUUUAUUAUUGGAAAUGUUGGAUGACAAAUUCCCCAACUUAUUCGAACAAGAUUUGAAAUUUAUACUCGAACGAUUAAUGUCUUUGGAGCUACUAGCGAAGUUUGCUUUUGCAUAUAAUUUGGUUGAUCCUGUCAAGUACAAUUUAUCAGAUGAUAGUAAUGAUGAGCAAAAUCUCGAAAUAUGUGGAGGAAUUUUUGCUGCUUACGUGGCUGGGCUUCAAGUGGAGCAUUAUGAACUAGAGAAAAUCAAAGUAUGGUUGAACAAAUUGUAUAAACCAAUGGUGAUGGAUUUAUUUGCUUCAUCCCAGCCAGUGGCUAAUGUCGCCAUGGUUGAGUUUCAAACAUUGGUGAAGCUGAUUACGUGUUUGAAUAGAUUGCCGUAUGAAAAUAUCCAAUAUGAUGCUGUUGAAGUGAAAACCGACCAAAUUGUUGCCCAGAUUAAAGUGGAGGGGGAAAUACUCGGAACAGGAGUAUCCUCGACAAGCUUUGAAGAGGCGAGAGAUCGAGCCGCCUUUGACAUGAUGGACACAAAAGACAAGUUAAUUAAACUUUUCUCCAUUGUCAAGCAUAGCUAUUUACAAAAUCGGUCCGAUUACGUUUCUGAAACAAUUAGAUCAGAAGUCUUGUCCCCACAAAUGAUUGAGCCCGACAUGGAUUUGCCACCAAGUCGUCCUUCUGUUCCUUUUGGCUAUGAAUACCCACAAAUGAAUAAACCAAAAACUCACUCUCCUCAUAUGAUUCACCCGUUACCAGGACAAGUGCCAAGAAAUGAUCCGUAUCCUGAGCCUUCACAACAAAUGACUAGGUACGGGCAGAGUCCACCAAAACCACAGCCACUACUACCACUACCACCGCCACCACAACAUCAACAACAACAACAACAUCAUCAUCAUCAUCAGCAGCAGCAGCAGCAGCAAUUAGCUUACCCUCACCAUUCAAACCAAGAUUCACCAUAUGCUCUUCGAUCCUCAUCACCACCCAAUGUGUAUCAACAAUUACAAAAUCCCACAAACAACUAUCCAUCUCAAUACGACUACGGAUUCACUGAACCGGUUCCCCAUAUCCCCUUGUCACACAAAGAUAUUGACAAGCAAGCGAAAACCGCAUUACACGCAAUGUUGAAAGCUAGACACUCGAAUGAAUAUGAAGUAACGCAACGUGAAACUGAAUACAAGACCAUUGCAUUUUACACCAAGUGUUUUGUUGAUGGUCACGUUUUGGGAACUGGUGUAGAUACGAAUAAGAAGAAUUCGUCACAAAAGGCAGCCAUGGCGGCUUUGAGCAAUACGACAGCAUUGAGGCGAUUAGGCAUAUUAGAUUGA